AGUGCACCAAGACAAAAAAGAUAAGAUCGUUUGCAGCCUGCAAUGCUGCAUCCGGAAGCUUAGGCCGCGUAGGCUGGGCUAUUGUGACGUAUUUCCGGUGUCAUGGCUGCUUCCUUGGAGAACGCGUGACCGAUGGCAGACACUGGAGAAGAGAGAAGCUGCGGAUUAAAGUUUGCUGAACAGCAGCUCCUGCGUCACGGCUGGGAACACGGAAAAGGAUUGGGAAAAGGUGAAAAUGGCAGAACAGAAGCUAUAAAGGUCAAAUUGAAAUAUGACAAAGGAGGGAUUGGUCAUAAAGAAGGGGAGCAGUUCACCUUCCACUGGUGGGAUCAUGUUUUCAAUAAAGCAUCUUCAAGUCUGCAGGUGGAGUCCGAUCAUACUGGCAUUAAAUUAAGGAAGACUGCAGAUGAAGUUGAAGACAAUGGAAUGAUCUCAAACAAAAAGCCCCGGAAAGCCAUGGAGGCCAAAGCCAAACUAUAUGGAUGCUUUGUCAAGUCUGCCACACUGCUUUCUGGUCAGGAACAGCCAGAACCACAAGCGACCCAAUCAGACGACAGCAGUAGUUCGGACGACGAAGGAGAAGAGAAACUGGAUCUUUCGAGCACCACCAAGCUCCCUGAUGCAGAUCUAAUGAAGGCCUGUGGAGGCCGAACAGCUCACAAAGGAGCGAGGCACGGUUUGACAAUGAGCGCCAAGUUGGCAAGACUGGAGCAGCAGGAGGCUGAGUUCAUGGCUAAGUACGGCGGGAAGAGCCAAACAGCAGCAGCAUCAGUGAUUCUAAAAACCUCUCAGGCAGCUGAGCAGACACCAGAGAGGCAGGAGGAAACACCCAGUAAACCCCAGAGAAAAAAUAAGAAAUCCAGUCAGAACAGUAAUGACGUAAACACUGAUGUGUCUGGAAAUCCUAAGACAGAUGUUAAAUUAAAAAGGAAGAAAAGGAAACUUAGUGAAAAGGCUGAGGAAAUAACUGAGGACAAUGUGACGCCUGUCGAAAAUGAAGUAGACCGUUCUCACAAAACUAAGAGGAAACACAAGAAAAAAAGCAAAGACGAAAAAAGAGCGCCUUCACCUGCACCUGAGGAGAUGACUGAACUGCACACGGACGCUAGAGAGAAGAAGAAGAAGAAGAAGAAGAAAAAAAGCUCCAAACAUCAGAACGAGGAAGAGAAGAGCGAUUACACAGAAUCCCCCCAGUCAGAGGUCGUUGACAACUGUGAUUUGAAUCCCAGAAUCCAAGGUGGGCUUUUUCUGGAAGAAGAGGAAGUUUCUGUAAAAGAAUCGGUAGUUAAACAGAAAAGAAAAAGGUGUAAAACGGACAAACUCCCUGCAGCGCAGAGUUUAAAUGAGGAGGAACCUACUCCAAAGAAAAAGAAGAAGUCCAAGGAGUAGUUGGUUCUUAAGGCGACUUCUCCAUGUUUGUGCUGGACCUGGACUGUGAGGAGCCUCAGCUGAAUCUGACUCCUCAGCCAGUUGAUCAAACCAACAGAGUUCUCAGAUUCAAUUGACUGAUGUCAAAGGCUUUCUGUUUGUUUGAGGAAGUUGACACCUCUGGUUUAUAAUAACAAAUUAAAAACAUGGAAGUACACAACACAAAAAAAACAAAAGUCUAGGGUUUUCUAUAUCAUGCAAGUUUUUUUCCCCUUUGACUCGUUUUGUAAUCUCAAGUUUUUUUUACAGUUUUAAGUUCCAGAACCUUUUUACAUCUAUGUCUGUCAUAUAAAGUAUGAAAGUAACAACAUGCAGCGCUGUUUGUUGAGGUAACAGUUAAUUGGCCUGUUGUGACCAGGUUUGCAGAAACGAGCAGUAAUAAAGUAAAAAAAGAGCACAUUUAAA